AUGCUACUCCAACUUAAGUCCAUUGAAUAUCUGAAUCUUCAGAGAACUCAAAUAAACACUAUCCCACCAAAGACUCUUUCAAAUCUUCCCUUUUUGAGAAGAUUAGAUCUCCAAGGAAAUUAUCUGGCCGCAUGGGAUUCCGAGACUUUUAGCAACGUGACCCACUUAGAUUAUUUAAAUCUUGAUGGCAAUCGCAUUAGCAUCAUCAACGAAACGUCAUUCCCGUUUGAGAUGAGAAGCAGGAUCAAACAUAUCAAUCUGGGCAACAACGACUUUCUUUGUACGUGCGACUUGCUGUGGUUCCGUACGUGGAUGACACAAGCGAUGAAGAAUAAAACUGUCGUGUUCGUUAACUAUCCCCAGCGAUACUACUGCAAGAAUCCCACACACAUUCGCCUGGACAAAUAUAAUCCUACACCUGAAUCCUGUAAAAAGCUGAAUCCUUACGUUAUACCUGUGUCAGCUGCUGGGUCUUUUGUCGUCGUGGCGGUGGUGGUCAUGGUCGUAGUGUACCGUAAUCGCUGGAAUAUUCGAUACUGCUUCUACUCCAGACGACGACGCCAGUAUCAGCAGCUCCCGGGAAGAGACGUCAACAUCAAAUACGACGCGUUUGUGUCAUGCGAUUCCAGGGACAUGGACUGGGUCCUGGCGGAGGUGUGUACCUUUCUGGAAGACGAAUUAGGACGCAGGUUGUGCAUUCACGAAAGGGACUUUGAGGGAGCGAAGAUGAUCAUUGACAAUAUUAUGGACUGCAUGGAGGAGAGCGAGAAAAUCAUCUUGAUAAUAUCGAAUAAUUUUGCCAGAAGUAAAUGGUGCCAGUGCGAGUUGAAGAUAGCUAUUGAUGAACAUCUGGAAAGCGAGAAGCAGGUCAUCGUAAUCAUCCGUGAACCCGUUUACCGAAAGCAUAUGACUCGACCUCUGAAAGCGCUGUUCGACACAACUACUUACAUUGAAUGGGGGGAGGAUGUCAAUGCAAGAGAGAUGUUCAGAACUCGCUUGGCUGAUUUAAUGGGUUGUGAGGAUACUGAUCGGAAUGAAGUGAGGGCCUAAACAGGAUUAAGCAGAGCUGUACCUAGCAAAAGUGAUAUGCAGGGAAGCAGUUGCAAAGGGGCACAAUACUGAAAAUAGUUUUCUAAUGGUUCAAAAUAACCUCUUUUUUGUCUAGCGGGACAAGAUAGUGUGUCUUUUAUUAGCAUCUCCCCUUCCAGUUAUUUUAGGCUAGGUACGUCCCUAUUAAUAGAUGUUGUGGCGAAAGGGAACGAGCUCGGGGAGCAGAAAAGGAUUGGAGAGCAAUUACCGCGAGAAGUUCCAGGACGGCAAAAGAAACUAACUCCUGUGAUGAUAAAAGUAUGGAAAAUGACAAAAGUCCUGGCUCAGAGUUUUUUAAAAAAUAUUUUGGAUCGACUUGGGUCAUUUUAUUGUAAGAUUGUUUAAUUGUAGCUACAAUUUGAAAGAAAUGUCAUGUACACAAAAAUUUGGAAUAAUUACCUGCAUCCCAAAAUCUGAUAAACCAAAACAGUUUCUAAAAAAUUGGCGACCAGUCACGUUAUUAAAUUGUGUAUAUAAAAUAGCCUCUGGUUGUAUUGCCAACCGAAUCAAAAAAGUCCUAAAUAAAAUUAUAUCAGAUGAUCAAACUGGUUUUAUAAAAGGAAGAUAUAUAGGUGAAAAUAUCAGAUUAGUAUAUGAUAUUAUGCAAUACACAGAGGUCCAUAAUAUACCAGGUAUGUUGCCGUUAAUUGAUUUUGAAAAAGCUUUUGAUUCGGUGUCUUGGCAGUUUAUUCAACAAGCUCUAGAUAUUUUCAGUUUUAAAAUGUCCAUAAAAAACUGGAUUCUAACAUUUUAUCAUAACUCAGAGUCAAGAAUAAUACAAAAUGGUUUUUUAUCUGAAAGUUUUAAACUAGAAAGAUGAUGUAGGCAAGAUGACCCUCUCUCCCCGUAUAUUUUUAUAAUAUGUGCUGAAAUUCUAUCAAUAUUAAUAAGAAAUAAUAAGAAUAUUAAAGGAAUAGAAAUUGAUGGGCAAGAGUAUCUCAUAUCGCAAUAUGCAGACGAUACAACUUUUAUCUUGGAUGGAUCUCACAAAUCCCUUGAAAAUACUUUAAUCAUUUUAGACAAAUACGCUAUCUCUGGCUUGAAAAUAAAUUACUCAAAAUCGAAAGUUAUUUGGAUAGGCAGUAACAAAUUCUCAAAGGAGGUUUUCCAUCAUACUAGAUGGAGGCUAGAAUGGGGUUCUGACCAAUUUACUCUUUUAGGGGUGAAUUUUUCUGUAAAUCUUGAAGAUAUUGUUAUUAAAAAAUUGGAACCGAAAAUAUUAAUGAUGAAAAAAUUAAUAAAACAAUGGUCUACAAGGAAAUUAACAGCAUUAGGUAGAAUUAUUGUUCUGAAAACCUUAAUAAUCCCUAAAAUAACUCAUCCCUGACAUUGCCAAAUUGUUUUUGCUGGGACAAUAAAUCAUUUAAAAAAAAAAAAAAACCCUCCUGUGAUGAAACGUCUGAGAGGGACUGGAAUAAAUAUGAAACUGUCUGCUGAUAAACUGUAUGUGGAUGGACGUAUUCAUGAUGGUCCGGCCUCGGUGGCGCAGUGGUUAAGCCAUCGGACUACAGACUGGUAGGUACUGGGUUCUGAUCCCAGUCGAGGCAUGGGAUUUUUAAUCCAGAUACCGACUCCAAAC